AGGCUUCUUUCUAUUCGUUCAUUUUCUUAAUUUCCAAACAAAUUUCCCUAUGACAAGUGACAUUCAUGGUCAGCUGAUCAAGUAGAAAGUUGGUGCUAUAAGUAAUCUUAUUCAUCAAUCUAUUCAUCUAUUGUAUUUAGUGAGAUUUCUUCGGAUAACGCGGAUAUUUGCGUCUUUUGUUCUGAGGAUUUUGCUAGAAAUUUUGUUGCGUACCGCGGAACGUCUUUCUUCAAUAGCUAGGAGGACAAAAAAAGUUUCGUCAUGGGUCUCGUGUGCUCGACGGCUCAACUCGCGUGUCUGUGUGGAAGCACAGCUUGCAGUUUCUGUUGCUCCCAAUGUCCCUCCUGCAGAAACAGCACAAGCACUCGCAUCAUGUAUGCGUUGCUUUUGCUUCUGGGAACUAUCGCCGCUUGCAUUACUUUAGCUCCUGGUCUUCAAGAUUUACUCAAAAAGGUUCCGUUCUGUGCAAACAGUUCUAAUUAUGUUCCAUCAACAUAUACCGUUGACUGUGAGUCUGCUGUUGGCUACUUGGCAGUUUAUAGAAUUUGCUUUAUUCUUUCUCUAUACUUUUUCCUGAUGUCUGUAAUGAUGAUCAGAGUGAGAAGCUCGCGAGAUCCUCGUGCAGCUAUACAAAAUGGAUUUUGGGCAAUCAAGUAUCUUUUGAUUAUCGGUGGGAUUAUCGGUGCUUUCUUUAUACCGGAAAGGUCAUUUGGAUUUACUUGGAUGUAUUUUGGAAUGAUAGGAGGAUUUCUUUUCAUAAUUAUUCAGUUGAUCUUGAUUGUUGAUUUUGCCCAUUCUUGGGCCGAUGCGUGGGUAGGAAAUUACGAAGAAACCGAAUCAAAAGGAUGGUAUGGCGCACUGUUAGGCGCAUCUUUCUUCAAUUACGCUGUUUCUAUUACCGGAGUGGUACUUCUCUAUGUAUACUAUACACAUGAAAGUGAAUGUAAACUCAACAAGUUUUUCAUUUCUUUCAAUUUAAUUUUGUGCAUUAUUACCAGCGUGAUCUCAAUUCUGCCGACAGUGCAGGAACAUCAACCGCGAUCCGGACUUUUGCAAUCCUCUGUAGUAACAUUAUAUGUGGUAUAUUUAACAUGGAGCGGUGUGUCAAACAACCCAGAUCGCAAGUGUAAUCCCGGUUUCUUCUCUAUUAUAUCCGGAACUGAUAGUCGUGUCUCGUUCGAUAAAGAAAGCAUUAUUGGUCUUAUAAUCUGGUUUAGCUGCGUUUUGUACAGCUCGUUGCGUACAGCAUCUAAAUCGUCCAAGAUUACAAUGUCUGAAAAUGUUUUGGUUCAGGACAAUGGAGCUGUCAGGAAUGCAGGCGAGCAGUCUCUUAUCGACAAUGAAGUAGAAGGACGCAAUCCCGACGCAGAAGGUGGGAAUGAAGCUAAAGUCUGGGAUAACGAAGAGGAAAAAGUGGCGUACAAUUGGAGUUUCUUCCAUCUUAUGUUCGCUCUCGCCACUCUGUAUGUCAUGAUGACUCUCACAAAUUGGUAUAAACCAAACUCCAGUCUGGAUACGCUGAAUGCAAACGCCGCUUCAAUGUGGGUGAAGAUCAUCUCCUCGUGGAUGUGUUUGAGCCUUUACGUGUGGUCACUGAUCGCACCUGCUAUUUUCCCAAAUAGGGAUUUCUCCUAAGCUUUUUCUCCGAGCGAGCAGUAAAUUCGCCAGUUUUGUGAAACAG